AUGACGGCGGAUCCUGAUACGGCCUAUCGCUAUGCCAAAGGGCUGCCUGUUGUGAAUCCAGGUCACCAGGGCCGCGUACAAAUUGACACGCCGCUUGAUUUCCUUGUGAUUGCCGAUCAUGCGGUCAUGUUGGGUGGGGUGCGCCAUAUCGUCGACAAAGGCAUCCCGACAGAGGGGAUGGGCCUCGUUGACCAGGCACGCGCCUGGUAUGCGCAACGCUGGCUGCGCGGCGUCGUCGCCGAUGAUGAAGGCAUGGCGGCCUUUGCAUCGUUCCUGCCUCAGCCCAUGUCGGUUGAAGAAGCCGCCGCCGCCCCGCUGGGAGCGGGCAUUCCUGGCUGGCGCGCCAUGGCCAGGACAAGCUGGCAAGAAACGAUCGCCGUUACCGACAGCCACUACGAGCCUGGGAAGUUCACUUCCUUCAUUGGAUGGGAAUGGAGUUCCAUUCCCGCGGGCGCAAACAUGCACCGCGUUGUUUUCACCCCGAACGGGGCUGAUGUUGCGGGUCAAUUUCAGCCAUUCUCCACGUCUGACAGCAACUAUCCGGAAGAUUUGUGGAACUGGCUUGGCGAAACUUCAGAGCGCACCGGCGCAGAGUUUGUGGCAAUACCGCACAAUUCGAAUAUCUCCAAAGGUUACAUGUUCUCUGAAACGAAUCUUCGAAGCGAGCCGAUCACUGCGGAAAUGGCGGCCACGCGCAUGGAAUGGGAACCGGUUGCAGAGAUCACCCAGUUCAAAGGAGAUAGUGAGACCCACCCGUCCCUGUCGCCCGAUGAUGAGUUCGCAGACUUUGAAACCUAUACUCACUACAUCCAACAGAACGCGCCUGAAUAUACACCCGUCGCAGGCGACUAUGUUCGCUCCGCCUUGUUGAGCGGCUUGGAGAUUGAAAACAAAAUCGGCGCCAACCCGUUCGCCUUUGGCGUCAUUGGCUCCACAGACAGCCAUACUGGUCUUGCGUCAGCGGAAGAACCUAAUUUCUGGGGCAAAUUCCCGCGCGACACGACACCGUUUGGUAAAACCGCUGGCUGGCGCACAGGCUCCGGCGGAAGUCUUGGUCCAAACGGCUGGUCCAUGUCCGCGUCGGGCCUUGCAGCGGUGUGGGCUGAAGAGAAUACAAGAGAAUCCAUCUUCGCAGCCUUUAAGCGUCGCGAAGUCUAUGGCACCACGGGCCCACGGAUCGCUGUGCGCUUCUUUGGCGGCUGGGACUAUGACGUUGCAGCAGCAGAGGCCGGGGACCUUGCCGACAUCGGCUAUGCCGGUGGUGUGCCCAUGGGCGGCGACCUUACCGGUGCGCCGACUGGCCAGGCACCACAGUUCCUUGUCCGCGCGACGAAAGAUCCAAAAUCUGGCAAUCUGGACCGAGUACAGAUCGUCAAAGGCUGGCUUGGUGCCGAUGGCGAAACACAGGAGCGCGUCUAUGACGUUGUCUGGUCAGACGGACGCGUCACUGAUGCGAACGGUAAAGUGCAGGCAGUUGGCAACACCGUCGACAUCACAACAGGUCGCUAUGAAAACACGAUUGGUGCUGCAGAACUGUCUGCCGUGUGGGAAGACCCGGACUUCGAUGCAUCACAGAACGCGUUUUAUUAUGCACGUGUGCUUGAGAUCCCCACACCGCGCCACUCAUUGUUUGACGCCCUCGCGCUCGGCAUUGAUGUGGAAGAGACCAAUCACCCGGCGACCAUUCAAGAACGCGCUUACUCCUCAGCGAUUUGGUACAAGCCUUGA